GAUGUACAGCGGCGCAUGCAGAACGCUGCAGGGACAAUGGUGUGUAUUCUGUUUAUGGCUCUGCUCCUGUCUCAGGUUUCCUGUGAAAUGAAUCUGGACAAAUACUGGAUGUCCUGGAAAAUGGAAUUCAAUAAAGAAUAUGACAGUGCAGGUGAAGAAGUGUUCAGGAGAUCUAUUUGGCAGCAGAAUGUUGUGGAAGUGAUGAAACACAAUAAGGGACAUCACAGCUUCACCAUGGGAACCAACCACCUGUCAGACAUGACAGCAGAAGAAAUUAAUGCUAAGCUGACUGGUCUGAGGAUGGAGAAUGUUCUUCUGGAUACUAACGAGAACUUCACAGUACUGAGUGACUCCCCUGUCCCAGACAGACUGGACUGGACUGAGAAGGGCUUCGUCAGCCCUGUGCAGAACCAGGGUAUGUGCGGAUCAUGCUGGGCAUUCAGUGCAGUUGGAGCAUUAGAAGCUCAGAUGAUGAAGAAGACGGGUCAUCUGGUUCCUCUGAGUGCACAGAACCUGGUGGACUGCAGUGUAAAGGAGGGGAACCAUGGCUGUAAAGGAGGCUUUAUGACUAAAGCUUUCAGUUAUGUUAUACACAACAAAGGAAUCGACUCGGAUGCCUUCUACCCUUAUCAACACAAGGAGGGGUUGUGUCAUUAUUCUCCAAUAGGCAGAGCCGGCUCCUGUUCCAGUUUCCGGAUUCUUCCUUACGUUAAUGAAUCUGUGCUGCUGAACACAGUGGUUCAAGUUGGACCUGUUUCUGUUGGAAUUAAUGCUAAACUGGCCUCAUUCCACGGAUAUAGGAGUGGGAUUUAUUCUGAUCCUCUGUGUGACCCUCGGACAGUGAAUCACGCUGUUCUGGUGGUUGGAUAUGGAACCGAAGGAGGACAGGAUUACUGGCUAGUCAAAAACAGUUGGGGUACAGCGUGGGGAGAGAAGGGUUAUGUCCGGAUGGCGAGAAACAGGAAUCAGUGUGGAAUUGCCAACUUUGCCGUUUUCCCAAUUGCCUGAACUCAUCCACCAUUUUACAUUUAUUUUUCUUGCAUCACUCUG